AUGGCUAUGAUCCAAGCAAAUCGCAUAGGUAUCAAAGACGUAGGAUCUACAGCAAACGUACCAAACAAUGAUAUUGCAAAAUUGAUGUAUUACUUCAAGUGUGUAUGUGGAGCAAUUGAAUGCAAUAUGACUCCACAGAUGAAUCGUUUGAGUAGCUAUAACAGUUGGAGAUAUUUAUCUGCUGAUGAAAUUCGACAACUAAUCGCUCUGUGUUAUGUAUUUAGUCCAGAUGUCUUUGAAGAUAAAGUUUUUUUCAAUAAUCCAGCGUUGUGCGGAAACUCUUCGAAUAAAUUCUAUGAAAUCAGUCAAGUUCGUAAUCAACUUCUUGCCGUUUCGUCUAUUGUAAUUAGUGGUCAAAGUCGACGAGUGAACAAAAUCAUGGUCUACAAAAGGACGUGGAUGACGGAAUACUUUGCUAAUCCGAUGUUACGUCUUGUUCAACGUUAUUCUGCGUAA